CUUGGUGGGCACAUUUCUCCUAGUUUUGGUGGGAAGCUUCCCAAGUGCUUUGCAUCCAUGAGGGGUUAAAUGGGUCAGGUCGGCGGAGGAGAAUCUACAAGGUGCUGUUACGGAGCAGCCAAAGGAGGCGGUUCUGGAGGAUCAAAAUGGCUCCAACGAUCUGAUUGUUGAGGAUUUUGUUGUCAAAGAAGAUGUUGGUAUGGCUGAGGGACGCCAGCGUGAGAUUGAUGAAUAGAGUGGUGAACUUGCGAGUUGUGAGCAUGAAUGUCGGCAGGCAGGUAAUGGGCGUCGACAGAACUGCAGCCGCCUGGGGCUUCAGGAGGGGACCUAUGAAGGAGUACGACGAGAAGAUGAUCAUCCAGAUAUACAGGUCACUGAUGUUGAGAAGCACCGUUGACAUAGGUUCAAACUCAGUGGAAAACCAUUCGGUCACUUAUCAGCACGCGGAGCUUGAUGAUUUUGUAUUAUCUAUUGAAGAAAGUUCUAAUAAGUUGAGACAUCAAUUCUGCCAGCAGUUCAUAUUCAGAGUACUGUCUACUCAUGGAAGCCAUGAAAUUACUCUAGCCACUCACGAUAAAGAACAGUGUGAUGCCAACACAAUCCCCAAUUUAAUGCCCUCUGGUGCUCUUCAGUUUUUAUUUCUAGAACUGAGGAAAUUGGAGCAACUUGCUGAAGGAAACGUUUUGGAAGCGGAUUGGUUGAUGGGCUUGCUUACAGAGAUGAUGGAGUCCAUCUUUAUCUGCGUUUCCCAAAACAAGAACAUUCUCGGAAGUGCAGAAGAGAAUACAAGUUCAGAACAUGAUGACCCCAAGCAGGUUUUGAUCUGUCGAUCCCAGGACUCUGAAGCACACUUCCUUUAUCUCUUUAUGAUCCAUGCUUGA